GGGAGUUCCCUUAUUGCUCUUGAGACAAGACCUCUUUCUGUGCCCUGGAUGUCCUCAACUUUCCCUGCUGGAAAACUGGAUGCCCAGUGUGACCAAGAGAAUAAGUUCAACUUUGCUCAUUUUGCAAGGUUGUAAAGAAAAUAAAGUCAAGUAAGUGACUGAAUGACUUUCACUUUGUUUAGGCAUGUCUUCCCACCCCCGUUUCCCUCAUCCCCUGCCCUGCUGUCCUCUCACACAACUCCAGUCCCCCAACUCUACUCUCACCCCCAGUCCCAAGCCUUUGACCACACACUACUCAAAUCUGACAGUUUUGCAAGGAUCUGCAACCCACCACGGAGAAAGGGCUUGGCUCGGAAGUCCUGAACUCAUUAACUUCCAGAGUUCCACCCACAGGCAGCUGCGGGUUCCUCCUCUUAGAUCUUUCUACCUAAAGUUCAGUUCGUGACUAUUUCAAUGAGUUCCAGGAGGUCACGAAAAAGAAACAACAAAAAAGUUUCACUUUCAGGUUUGAAGGAAAUGUCUGACUGAAAAAAAAAAAAACCAACUCUGAAUGAAAACUAUAAGGGGAUGCAGGAUCUCUGGCUGAAUAAAAUCAGAAUGCUCUUGGCUUUUGACGUUAAUCCACCUGUCUCCCAUCUGGGGAGUGAAACUGUGUCAGAAUCACACAACAGAAGAAGGUAGAUGAACAAAAGGAGGUAGAUGGUACAGCCUUACCAGAGGGGUAGAUAUCACCUAAACAAAGACUGGAAUACCUUACAGGGAUUGUACCCAUAAUCUGAUCCAGACCAAAACCCCUAACAUUUCAUAUCUUAGCAAUAUUAACUGGUGCUAUACUAACAGUUACAGGAAUUUGAGGAUGGAAAAAUGUGGUAAAGACAGAAGAGCAUGCAUCUCCUGUGUUAUCAAGGCAGAAUCAUGAAAGGGUGUUCAUCCUAUCUAAUACUCUCCUUCGGGGGACUUUUGUCCCUGUGGGUUCUUUGUGCAUCUUCCACAAACCAGUGCACUGUGAGACAUGAAGUAGCUGACUGCAGCCAUUUGAAGCUGACACACAUACCUGAUGACCUUCCUGCUAACAUAACGGUGUUGAAUCUUACCCACAACCAACUCAGAGGCUUACCACCGACCAAUUUUACAAGAUACAGCCAACUUACUAUCUUGGAUGCGGGAUUUAACUCCAUUUCAAAACUGGAGCCAGGACUGUGCCUAACACUCCCUUUGUUGAAAGUCUUGAACUUCCAACACAAUGAGCUAUCGCAGAUUUCCGAUAAAACUUUCAUCUUCUGCAGGAACCUGACAGAACUCUAUCUAAUGUCUAACUCAAUACACAAAAUUAAAAGCAACCCUUUCAAAAACCAGAAGAAUUUGACCAAGUUAGAUCUGUCGCAUAACGGUCUAUCAUCUACGAAGUUGGGAACUGAGGUCCAACUGGAAGACCUCCAGGAGCUCCUGUUAUCAAAUAAUAAGAUCCUUGCACUCAGAAGUGAAGAACUCGAUUUCCUUAGCAAUUCAUCUCUGCAAAAAUUGGACUUGUCAUCCAACCCACUUAAAGAGUUUUCUCCAGGGUGUUUUCACGCAAUUGGCAAUUUAUCCGCUCUCCUUUUGAACAACGCCCAACUAGACCUCCACCUCACGGAGAAACUCUGUUGGGAACUUUCAAACACAAGCAUCCAGAAUCUCUCUCUGGCUAACAACCAGCUUCUGGCAACCAGUCUCGCGACUUUCUCUGGGCUGAAGCAGACCCAUCUCACAUCGCUGGAUCUUUCCUACAACAGCCUACGCGAUGUGGGUAACGAUACCUUCUCUUGGCUCCCACACCUUAGGUACCUGUCUCUGCAGUACAAUAACAUACAGCGUUUGUUUCCUCGCUCUUUUUAUGGACUUUCCAAUCUGAGGUACCUGAAUUUGAAGCGAGCAUUUACUAAACAAAGUAUUUCACUUGCUUCUCACCCCAAGAUCGAUGAUUUUUCUUUUCAGUGGCUAAAAUAUUUGGAAUAUCUCAACAUGGAUGAUAAUAAUAUUCCAGGCACAAAAAGCAAUAUGUUCACGGGCUUGACGAGUCUGAAGUAUCUAAGUCUUUCCAAAACUUUCACAAGUUUGCAAACUUUAACAAAUGAAACGUUUUUGUCACUUGCUCAUUCUCCUUUGCUCACACUCAAUUUAACGAAAAAUCACAUCUCAAAAAUAGCAGGUGGUGCCUUCUCUUGGUUGGGCCAACUCAGGAUACUUGACCUUGGUCUUAAUGACAUUGAUCAAGAACUCACAGGCCAGGAGUGGAGAGGUCUGAGAAAUAUAUUUGAGAUCUACCUGUCCUAUAACAAAUAUCUCCAACUGACUAGCAAUUCCUUUGCUCUGGUUCCCAGUCUUCAGAGACUGAUGCUCAGGAGGGUGGCACUAAAAAAUGUGGUAAUCUCCCCUUCCCCUUUCCGCCCUCUCCGUAACCUGACUAUUCUGGACUUAAGCAACAACAAUAUCGCCAACAUAAAUGAGGACUUGUUGGAGGGUCUGGAGAAUCUAGAAAUCCUGGAUUUUCAGCACAACAACUUAGCAAGGCUCUGGAAACAUGCAAACCCUGGCGGUCCUGUUAAUUUCCUGAAGGGCCUGUCUCGCCUCCACAUCCUGAAUUUGGAGUCUAACGGCUUUGACGAAAUCCCAGUCGGGGUAUUCAAGAACUUAUUUGAACUAAAGAGCAUCAAUCUAGGAUUGAAUAAUUUAAACAUACUUCUACCAUCUAUUUUUGAUGACCAGAUGUCUCUAAGGUCAUUGAACCUUCAGAAGAACCUUAUCACAUCGGUGGAGAAGAAUGUUUUUGGGCCAGCUUUUCUAAACCUGAGUAGUUUAGAUAUGCGCUUUAACCCAUUCGAUUGUACAUGUGAGAGUAUUGCCUGGUUUGUUAACUGGAUCAACCAGACCCACGCUAACAUCUCUGAGCUACCGACUCAUUACCUCUGCAACACCCCGCCUCAGUAUCAUGGCUUCCCGGUGAUGCACUUUGAUACAUCAUCCUGUAAGGACAGUGCCCCCUUUGAACUCUUCUUCAUGAUUAAUACCAGUGUGCUCAUGACUUUUAUACUAAUGGCAUUGCUCAUUCACUUCGAGGGCUGGAGGAUAUCUUUUUACUGGAAUGUUUCUGUUCAUCGGGUUCUUGGUUUCAAGGAAAUCGAAGCACAGCCUGAACAGUUUGAAUAUACAGCAUACAUAAUUCAUGCCCAUCAAGACAGAGACUGGGUUUGGAAACACUUCUCCCCAAUGGAGGAACAAGACCAAUCUCUCAAAUUCUGCCUAGAAGAAAGGGACUUUGAAGCAGGUGUUCUUGGACUUGAAGCAAUUGUCAACAGCAUCAAAAGAAGCAAAAAAAUCAUUUUUGUUAUAACAUACCAUCUAUUAAAAGACCCUCUGUGCAAAAGAUUCAAGGUACACCAUGCGGUUCAGCAAGCUAUUGAACAAAAUCUGGAUUCAAUUAUAUUGAUUUUUCUUCAGGAUAUUCCAGAUUAUAAACUAAACCAUGCACUCUGUUUGCGAAGAGGAAUGUUUAAGUCCCGUUGCAUCUUGAACUGGCCAGUUCAGAAAGAACGGAUAAAUGCCUUUCAUCAUAAAUUGCAAGUAGUGCUUGGGUCACGAAAUUCAGCACAUUAAAUUUAUGUGGAGAUUAAGUUGAUAAAGGGAUAUAUCCAAUUUAUAAAGGUCCAUCAUAAAUCUGAGUUUUACUUGAAAGUUUAUGUUUAUAUGUAUAGAUGAUGAUGUUGUAUCAUAAUUGAAUUUCAUUUUUUGAAAUAUUUCUUAUUUCAGGCCUCUUAUCAACAAUUGUUUUAUUUACCUACUCCAAACAAAUACCUGGGCAGUUAAGAGCAUCCUCUGUUAAUGACUUCACAGUUGAUCUCUGAGGUGUAUCACAGCUUCAGAGGGGUUUUAAAGUAGUCUUUAUAUAAAUAAAACUGAGAGUUUUAUAGGUAUAAUUUAUUUUUAAGAUGGAGUUUUACUAUGUAACUCAGGUUGAUCUGGAAAUUACUAUGCUGGAGUUUGACCUUGAACUUGUGAAAUUACAGAGAUCUGCCUGCCUCUGUCUCUGGAGUGAUGCCUUUAAAGGCAUGCAGCACUACACUCAGCUACAUGAGAUUUUAUAACACUCACAUUUUGAGACACUUAUAGAACGAAAGAUAACUGCUUUUAUGGUACAAGCCUACUUCAAUGGGAACAAGAGUAAAAUAUUUAGAAAGAGUUUUUCUUUUUUUUUUUUCAGUUGAAAAGCUUUGUAUUUUAUUUUCAUGUUGGUUUUGAUAGAUGUUAGGUAGCCUUGAAAUCUGCAUACUCAAGAACAGAAUAUUUUCAUAAUCUUCAUAGUGUAACAGACCCCCAGACCUUAACACAACUGACUCCAUGAUGGAAGUACCAUUUAGGCCAUAAAACUCAGCAUGAAGAUCAGCCAAGAUGAAAAGAAAGGCCUGAUGGAUUCAUCAGUCUGUAGUUCUAGGAAAGUCUCUAAAUGUACUAAUCUUGCUUUUUGGCUUUUGUAGUUCUGCUUCUGGCUCACUGUUCUUCUUAACUGAAGUAUGUCAACCCAGAAUAUGUUCUUUGUGCUUAAAAACUGACCCUGAGAAAGCCUCGGGGCUACCUACACUGAGAUCCUAAACACCUAGUGUGGUCACUGACUAAUAAUAAAGACUUCCUAUUAACUUAAACCCAUGUUCACACAGUCUUCUCUGCUGGAUAUCCCACAACAAUAGAUGACUUUUAUUACUUGAUAAAAUAGAUAUUAGAAUAAAUACUUGCAUUUUCCUAA